ACUUUUUUCAUAGUUUUAUUUUGGUUCAUAGUCACUUUGGAAUUACUACGCUGGUUUGUCUGUUUGGCCAGGACUCAAGAGAUUGGUUAGCUGGUUAGAUUUUGGUGUUGGCGGUUUCGUUAUGCUUCGAAGGAAACCAACCAAGAUUAAGUUGGAUCUGGAAGAUCUUGCUGAAUAUAUUGAACAGAAGAAACAAAGCAAAGAGCAAUCUGCUAACAAAAGUGGUAACACUGGCAAUACAACUUUUGAGAUAUCAGAGACUCUUCCUGUCAUAGAUCGAGCUAUAAACCCCGAAGCCAGGCGAGCACAAGUACAGCGUAGAAUUGGUUUCAGCCCUGCGCCUGUCACACCAGAAGCUACCACACAAUUUAGCAACAUCUACUGAAAUUUGAAAAAUGUC